GCGCUCAGCCGCUCGGUUCGCGCGUGCCCCGCCGUGGUGCGCGCCACCUUCCGCCAGCUCUUCCGGCGCGUGCGGGAGCGCUUCCCCAGCGCCCAGCACGAGAACGUGCCGUUCGUCGCCGUCACCAGCUUCCUGUGCCUGCGCUUCGUCUCUCCCGCCAUCAUGUCGCCCAAGCUCUUCCACCUGCGGGAGCGGCACGCGGACGCCCGCACCAGUCGCACCCUGCUCUUGCUGGCCAAGGCGGUCCAGAAUGUAGGCAACAUGGACACCCCGGCUUCCAGGGCCAAGGAGGUAUGGAUGGAGCCGCUGCAGCCCACCGUGCGCCAGGGCGUGGCACAGCUGAAGGACUUCAUCACCAAGCUCGUGGACAUCGAAGAGAAGGAGGAGCUGGACCUGCAGCGGACGCUGAGCUUGCAGGCGCCUCCCGUGAAGGAGGGGCCGCUCUUCAUCCACAGGACCAAAGGCAAGGGCCCCCUCACGUCCUCCUCCUUCAAGAAGCUCUACUUCUCCCUCACCACCGAGGCCCUCAGCUUCGCCAAGACGCCCAGCUCCAAGAAAAGCGCCCUCCUCAAGCUAGCCAGUGUCCGGGCGGCAGAGAAGGUGGAGGAGAAGAGCUUCGGGAGCUCGAACGUCAUGCAGGUCAUCUACACGGACGACGCUGGCAGGCCGCAGACCGCCUACCUGCAGUGCAAGUGUGUGAACGAGCUGAACCAGUGGCUGUCUGCGCUGCGGAAGGUGAGCAUCAACAACACUGGUCUGCUGGGCUCCUACCACCCCGGCGUCUUCCGUGGGGACAAGUGGAGCUGCUGCCACCAGAAGGACAAGACAGAUCGAGGCUGCGAUAAGACUGGGUCGCGGGUGACCCUGCAGGAGUGGAAUGACCCUCUUGACCAUGACCUUGAGGCCCAGCUCAUCUACCAGCACUUGCUGGGCGUGGAGGCUGCACUGCGGAUCACCAUUAACAAGGACACCAAGGUGCCCAAUGCCUGUCUGUUCACCAUCAACAAAGAAGACCACACCCUAGGAAACAUCAUUAAGUCACAGCUGCUGAAGGACCCACAGGUGCUGUUCGCUGGCUACAAAGUGCCCCACCCCUUGGAGCACAAGAUCAUCAUCCGCGUGCAGACCACCCCGGACUACAGCCCCCAGGAGGCCUUCACCAACGCCAUCACCGACCUCAUCAGUGAGCUCUCCCUGCUGGAAGAGCGAUUCCGGGUGGCCAUCAAAGACAAGCAAGAGGGAAUUGAGUAGUGGGAUGGAAGGAGCUUUGCUCUGCCUGGGAACCCAGUUCCUCCCUGCGCCAGACCCUUCUCUCCAGGCACCAAGCAGUGGAGAGCGGCCAGUCCAGCUGUGCCCUCCUGCAGCAUCCCAGAGAGCCCCUCACCCUGACACUGAUGUGUCUUGUACAUAGAUUCUUUUAUCUUCCCAAUAAAGUGUGGCAGGAAAUGAC